GCGAGAAGCCGCAGCUACCGCGUAAACCUCUCGACUUCUCCGAGCCACCGCCGGCCGCCUGGGAAAGCCGGCGUUGCUCUCGGCGGCCGCUUCGGGCGCAGCAGGGUGAAGCGGAGGCCGGGGUGGCGGGAGGCCGGCGGGGCCGGGGCGGGAGGCGAAGAUUCAUGCAAUGGCCACAGAUGAUAAGAGCUCCCCGACUCUGGAGUCCGCUAGUGACCUGCCUCGCUCGCCCACUAGUCCGUCUCACCUCACCCACUUCAAACCCUUGACUCCUGACCAGGAUGAGCCCCCCUUCAAGUCAGCGUACAGUUCUUUUGUAAAUCUCUUUCGUUUUAACAAAGAGAGGGGAGAAGGGGGCCAAGGAGAGCAGCCAUCUCCGAGUGCAGGUUGGUCCAGCCCUCACAUCCCUUCGAGGACACAGUCGGUGAAAUCGCCCGUACCUUAUAAAAAGCAGCUUGACGAGGAGGUCCAGCGGCGCUCUUCAGUACUAGCAGAGAACACUUUGCCACAUCCCCAGGAGAACACAGACUCAAGAAGGAAAGUAGAACCAGCCUUUGGAGGUCAUGACCCACGUACAGCUGUUCAGCUUCGAAGCCUCAGCACAGUAUUGAAGCGCCUCAAGGAGAUCAUGGAAGGGAAGAGCCAGGACAGUGACCUGAAGCAGUACUGGAUGCCCGACAGCCAGUGCAAAGAGUGCUACGAUUGCAGUGAGAAAUUCACAACCUUCAGGCGCAGGCACCACUGCAGACUGUGUGGGCAGAUUUUCUGCAGUCGCUGUUGUAAUCAAGAAAUCCCUGGAAAGUUUAUGGGCUACACAGGAGACCUCCGAGCGUGCACAUACUGUAGAAAAAUAGCCUUAAGUUAUGCUCACUCCACAGACAGUAAUUCCAUUGGGGAAGACUUGAAUGCUCUCUCAGAUUCAACUUGCUCUGUGUCUAUACUUGAUCCAGGUGAACCUCGGACACCUGUUGGGAGUAGAAAAGCUAGUCGUAACAUAUUUUUAGAGGAUGAUUUAGCCUGGCAAAGCUUGAUUCAUCCAGACUCCUCAAAUAGUGCUCUUUCAACAAGACUUGUCUCUGUUCAAGAGGAUGCGGGGAAGUCUCCUGCUCGAAACAGAUCAGCCAGCAUUACUAAUCUGUCACUGGAUCGAUCCGGUUCUCCUAUGGUUCCUUCAUAUGAGACAUCUGUCAGUCCCCAGGCUAACCGAACCUAUGUUAGAACAGAGACUACUGAGGAUGAACGCAAAAUUCUUCUGGACAGUGUCCAGUUAAAAGAUCUGUGGAAGAAAAUCUGCCAUCACAGCAGCGGGAUGGAAUUUCAGGAUCACCGCUACUGGCUGAGAACACAUCCCAACUGCAUUGUCGGAAAGGAGUUAGUCAACUGGCUAAUCAGAAAUGGACACAUUGCUACAAGGGCACAAGCGAUAGCAAUUGGACAAGCGAUGGUUGAUGGACGUUGGCUGGACUGUGUCAGUCAUCAUGACCAGCUUUUCAGGGACGAGUAUGCUCUGUAUAGACCGUUGCAGAGUACCGAGUUUUCUGAAACACCUUCUCCAGACAGCGACUCAGUGAACUCUGUGGAAGGACACUCUGAACCAUCCUGGUUUAAAGACAUAAAAUUUGAUGAUAGUGACACAGAACAGAUUGCUGAAGAAGGCGACGAUAAUUUGGCUAAUUCUGCCAGCCCUAGCAAGCGCACCUCAGUCAGCAGUUUCCAGUCCACAGUGGACAGUGACUCAGCCGCCUCUAUCAGCCUGAACGUGGAGCUGGACAACGUCAACUUCCAUAUCAAGAAGCCCUCCAAGUACCCACAUGUGCCCCCUCACCCUGCUGACCAAAAAGAGUAUUUGGUUUCCGACACUGGAGGACAGCAGCUCUCAAUAAGUGAUGCCUUCAUCAAAGAAUCUUUGUUUAAUCGUCGAGUAGAGGAAAAAUCCAAAGAACUGCCCUUUACCCCUUUGGGCUGGCAUCAUAACAACCUGGAGCUCUUGCGGGAGGAGAAUGAGGAGAAGCAAGCCAUGGAAAGGCUGCUCUCAGCUAAUCAUAACCACAUGAUGGCACUACUCCAGCAGUUGCUUCACAACGAGUCAUUGUCAUCGUCUUGGAGGGACAUCAUUGUGUCCCUAGUCUGCCAGGUUGUUCAGACAGUCCGACCUGAUGUUAAGCACCAGGAUGAUGACAUGGAUAUCCGCCAGUUUGUCCACAUCAAGAAGAUUCCAGGUGGAAAGAAAUUUGAUUCUGUGGUUGUUAAUGGCUUUGUUUGUACCAAGAACAUUGCACAUAAAAAGAUGAAUUCUUGUAUUAAAAAUCCCAAAAUCCUUCUGUUGAAGUGUUCCAUUGAGUAUCUCUAUAGAGAAGAAACUAAGUUUACUUGCAUUGAUCCUAUUGUGCUUCAGGAAAGGGAAUUCUUGAAGAAUUAUGUUCAACGGAUAGUUGAUGUUCGACCCACAUUGGUUCUAGUUGAGAAAACAGUAUCUCGGAUUGCUCAGGACAUGUUACUGGAACAUGGCAUUACUCUGGUCAUUAAUGUAAAGUCACAAGUUUUAGAACGAAUCAGUCGAAUGACCCAAGGUGAUUUAGUGGUGUCCAUGGACCAGCUGCUCACUAAACCACACCUGGGCACUUGCCACAAAUUUUAUAUGCAGAUAUUUCAGUUACCUAAUGAACAAACCAAAACACUGAUGUUUUUUGAAGGCUGUCCACAGCACCUAGGAUGUACAAUCAAGCUCAGAGGAGGCUCCGAUUAUGAGCUGGCUCGAGUUAAGGAGAUCCUAAUAUUUAUGAUCUGCGUAGCUUAUCAUUCUCAGCUAGAAAUCUCCUUUCUCAUGGAUGAGUUUGCUAUGCCUCCAACUUUAAUGCAAAGCCCUUCAUUCCAUUCUCUGUCUGAGGGCCGAGGGGAAGAAGGAGUGCCCCAGGAGCAGUGCAGUGGCAGCUCCCUUCCCCAGGACCCAGAGUGCCCUCCUGACUCCCUGUCUUCUGAUGAUAGCACUUUGUUGGAAUCAAGGAUUAUGCUUGAGAAGGGUGAGCAGGACAGUAAAAGUGUUCCCCAGGCGGUUGCCUCUGUGAAACAUCAAGAUUACUCUGCACCCACUUGCCCAGCAGGUAUUCCCUGUGCUCUCUUUGCGUUGGUACCUGAAUCCUUGUUGCCUCUCCAUAUGGAUCAACAGGAUGCUAUAGGACAUGAAGAGCCGGAGACAUCGCAGCAAACAGAUGAACACCAGGAUCCCAAAAGCCAGAUAAGAGUCUUUAGAGACCCCCUACAGGAUGACACUGGGAUGUACAUUACUGAGGAAGUCACCUCCUCUGAAGAUAAACGAAAGACUUACUCUUUGACAUUUAAACAAGAAUUAAAAGACGUGAUCCUCUGUAUCUCUCCAGUUAUUACAUUCCGGGAACCUUUCCUUUUAACUGAAAAGGGGAUGAGGUGCUCAACUCGAGAUUAUUUUCCAGAGCAGAUUUACUGGUCUCCUCUCCUCAACAAGGAGGUGAAGGAAAUGGCUCUCAGGAGGAAGAAACAGCUGCUCAGGGAUCUCUCUGGACUUCAGGGCAUGAAUGGCAGUGUUCAGGCCAAGUCUAUUCAAGUCUUACCUUCACAUGAGCUAGUGAGCACCAGGAUCGCUGAGCAUCUCGGUGAUAGCCAGAGCUUGGGCAGAAUGCUGGCUGAUUAUCGAGCUAGAGGAGGAAGAAUUCAGUCAAAACAUUUGGACCCUUUUGUCCAUUCAAAAGAUGCAUCAUGUACUUCAGGAUGCAAAUCGGGAAACAAAACUGAGAGUGAUGAAGAGAAGGGGUUGGUCCCAAGCGAUGCCUUAUGGGCGACAAAGGUGGACUGCCUGAAUCCUGCCAACCACCAGAGGCUCUGUGUCCUCUUCAGCAGCUCCUCGGCCCAGUCCAGCAAUGCUCCCAGCGCUUGUGUCAGCCCUUGGAUUGUAACAAUGGAAUUUUAUGGAAAGAAUGAUCUUACACUGGGAAUAUUUUUAGAAAGAUACUGUUUCAGGCCGUCUUACCAGUGUCCUAGCAUGUUCUGUGAUACCCCCAUGGUGCAUCACAUUCGACGCUUUGUUCACGGCCAAGGCUGUGUGCAGAUAAUCCUGAAGGAGCUGGAUUCUCCGGUGCCUGGAUAUCAACAUACAAUUCUCACUUAUUCCUGGUGCAGAAUCUGCAAACAAGUAACACCAGUUGUUGCUCUUUCAAAUGAAUCCUGGUCUAUGUCAUUUGCAAAGUACCUUGAACUUCGGUUUUAUGGGCAUCAAUACACACGCAGAGCCAAUGCUGAGCCGUGUGGUCACUCUAUCCACCAUGAUUAUCACCAAUAUUUCUCUUAUAACCAGAUGGUGGCAUCCUUCAGUUAUUCUUCUAUUCGUCUUCUUGAAGUGUGUGUUCCACUACCAAAAAUAUUUAUUAAACGUCAAGCCCCGCUGAAAGUAUCCCUUCUCCAGGACCUCAAGGACUUUUUUCAGAAAGUUUCACAGGUAUACCAAGCUGUUGAUGAAAGGCUUGCAUCCUUGAAAACGGAUACAUUUAGCAAAACAAGAGAGGAAAAAAUGGAAGAUAUCUUUGCACAAAAAGAGAUGGAGGAGGGUGAGUUCAAGAACUGGACUGAGAAGAUGCAAGCAAGGCUUAUGUCCUCCUCUGUGGAUACCCCUCAGCAGCUGCAGUCCGUCUUUGAGUCACUCAUAGCCAAGAAGCAGAGUCUCUGUGAGGUGCUGCAAGCGUGGAACAGCAGGCUGCAGGACCUUUUCCAGCAGGAAAAAGGUAGAAAGAGGCCUUCGGUUCCUCCCAGUCCUGGAAGACUGAGACAAGGUGAAGAAAGCAAGAUAAGUGCAAUGGACACAUCUCCAAGGAAUAUUUCUCCAGGACUUCACAAUGGAGAAAAAGAUGAUGUUUCUCUAGAGGAUCGCUUCUUGACAACCCUGUCCAGCCAGAGCUCCACCAGCUCUACCCAUCUCCAGCUGCCAACUCCUCCCGAGGCCCUGGCUGAGCCUCCAAUGGGAGGGCCCUCCGACCUCGACACAGCCAGUGGCUCUGAAGAUGUAUUUGACGGGCAUUUGCUGGGAUCCACAGACAGCCAGGUGAAGGAGAAGUCAACCAUGAAAGCCAUCUUUGCAAAUUUGCUUCCAGGAAACAGCUAUAAUCCCAUUCCAUUUCCUUUUGAUCCAGAUAAGCACUAUUUAAUGUAUGAACAUGAACGGGUGCCCAUCGCUGUCUGUGAGAAAGAGCCCAGCUCCAUCAUUGCCUUUGCACUCAGUUGUAAAGAAUACCGAAAUGCCUUAGAGGAAUUGUCCAAGGCAACUCUGUGGAGCAGUGCUGAAGAAGGGCUUCCAGCAAAUAGUGCUUUAGAUAACAGACCAAAGAGUAGCAGCCCCAUUAGAUUACCUGAAAUUAGUGGAGGACAGACAAACCGUACAAUAGAAGCAGAACCUCAACCAACCAAAAAAGCUUCAGGAAUGUUGUCCUUCUUCAGAGGAACAUCAGGGAGGAGCCCUGAUCUCUCUUCUCAGAAGAGGGAGACAUUACGUGGGGCUGACAGUGCUUACUACCAGGUGGGGCAGACCGGCAGAGAGGGGACGGAGACCCAAGGCGGGGAGCCUCAAGAUGAGAUAGAUGGAGGAGACACACAGAAAAAACAACUCACAAAUCCUCAUGUGGAACUUCAAUUUUCGGAUGCAAAUGCCAAGUUUUACUGUCGGCUGUACUACGCGGGAGAGUUUCAUAAGAUGCGGGAGGUGGUUCUGGGGAGCAGUGAGGAAGAUUUUAUCCGCUCCCUUUCUCACUCCUCACCCUGGCAGGCCCGGGGAGGCAAGUCAGGAGCUGCAUUCUACGCCACGGAAGAUGAUAGAUUCAUUCUGAAGCAGAUGCCUCGUCUGGAAGUUCAGUCUUUCCUGGACUUUGCGCCACACUACUUCAACUACAUCACAAAUGCUGUCCAGCAAAAGAGGCCUACUGCUUUGGCCAAAAUUCUUGGAGUUUACAGAAUUGGUUAUAAGAACUCUCAAAACAACACUGAGAAGAAGUUAGAUCUCCUUGUCAUGGAAAAUCUUUUCUAUGGGAGAAAGAUGGCACAGGUUUUUGAUUUGAAAGGUUCACUUAGGAAUCGAAAUGUAAAAACUGACACUGGGAAAGAGAGUUGUGAUGUAGUUCUGCUGGACGAAAACCUCCUAAAGAUGGUUCGUGACAACCCUCUGUAUAUUCGUUCCCAUUCCAAAUCUGUGCUGAGAACCUCCAUCCAUAGUGACGCCCAUUUCCUUUCAAGCCACCUCAUUAUAGACUAUUCUUUGCUGGUUGGUCGAGAUGACACUAGCAAUGAGCUGGUAGUUGGAAUCAUAGAUUAUAUUCGAACAUUUACAUGGGACAAAAAGCUUGAGAUGGUUGUGAAAUCAACAGGAAUUUUAGGAGGACAAGGUAAAAUGCCAACUGUGGUCUCUCCAGAGUUGUAUAGGACUAGAUUUUGUGAAGCAAUGGACAAAUAUUUCCUAAUGGUGCCGGACCACUGGACAGGGUUGGAUCUGAAUUGCUGAAAUUCUGCAGAUGAUUUGAAGUAGACUGUGAAGGAACAUGGAUCUGAGCAAGAGACCCAGCCGUAUGACAUGUUUAUUUCUUUGUCUCGUCUGUCACUGAACACAAAGACCUUCAGUUCUGUGAUUGCCCACAGACUUUGUUUAGACUGCUGGUAACUGCAGGGUAAGAGCCCCGUGAAUUGAACUUUGCUUCUGCUACUUGAAAUUAGCCUCCUGUAAAGCGGGAAACCUACAGUUAGAUACAGGUUCUUCUCCAGGGGCUGUGAUUGCAGAUGCGUGUGUAGGGUAAGAAAUUGAGUUGUCAUGCUUACUAACUCAGUUGCUUAAAGAAUAAAGCUCUGUCUGGUAGACCUUGACUCUUUGAUCGAUUGUAGCGGUCUGGUAGACUGUGACUAUCUAUCUAAUAGAUUGUGACUGUCUGUUAGACUGUGACUCUCUGAUAGAUUGUAGCUGUCUGGUAAACUGUGACUGUCUGAUAGACUGUGACUAUCUAUCUAAUAGAUUGUGACUGUCUGGUAGACUGUGACUAUCUAUCUAAUAGAUUGUGACUGUCUGGUAGACUGUGACUAUCUAUCUAAUAGAUUGUGACUGUCUGGUAGACUGUGACUAUCUAUCUAAUAGAUUGUGACUGUCUGGUAGACUGUGACUAUCUGAUAGAUUGUAGCUGUCUGAUAGACUGUGACUGUCUGGUAGACCGUGACUAUCUAUCUAAUAGAUUGUGACUAUCUAAUAGAUUGUAGCUUGUCUGGUCGACUGCGCCUCUUUGACAUCACAUUUGACACUUUUUCCUUGAGACUUAUAGACUUGCUUAGUUCAUUUUAUGUUUCCUAUGUGUGUACUUAUAAUUUCUGAAAUAUUUAGGAAAGUUCUUAUUUACUGCACUAAUUGCCAAGAUUGGUGCUUGCUUUAUUAGGAAUUUGAUUAAACUGGGAAUCCUGUCAUACUCUGUAUUCUCCAGUUCACCUUGUUUUUAAUUGUAUUUGAGGCUUUAUCAUCUAUCUUUUUGCGGGUGGUAAGAGCCUAUAACCAUUAGCUUUAAAGGCUUUCUUAGAGCACUUUAAGGAGCUUGUUUAAAACUUCUGUGUAAUGUGCCAGACAGCACUUAACCUGCAUGUGCAUUUAUAGUCUGGAUUUUUCUCUAAUUUUGGGGAAACAGAAUGAACAGGAAAUGAAUUGUAGUCACUGAAUCCCAAACUGAAUAAUUAAUAAUGAAGGAUGUUUUGAUAGUAAAAGAUAGAUUAGACCCAAUCUAAAAAACUGAGUGAGAAGGAAUAAUUGUUUUGUUUUAUAGUGGUAAAGUAUCUUUCAACACUGUUAGCAGUUUAGUGGGAUCUAUAAAGUUAAAAGGUUUCACUGUGGAUAUUCUCACUUUUAAGUUUUUACCACACUGACCAGUGCUGCUGAGAAAUGCUGAGAGGUGAAGUUAUUCCUAUUUAAGGACCAUGUUACUAACCAGCAGUCUUGUCUAAGUGACUAGGAAUCCCGAGCUAUGAGAUGCUUUCACCCCAGAAAAUAAUAAAAAAUAUGUGAACAUUUCCUCUUGGCUUUUAUGUGACAAGGAUAUUUGGACAUUUAUAAAGUUGUAAUUCAAUUUCUUCAAACUUCCUCUAAUAACACUUCAAUAUUCAGAGAAAAAAAAAGAGGCUGGAUGUAUUGUGCUACAUAGAAUAGUCUGCACCUGAACUAGGCACACGUUUGACAAGUUUACUGUAGAGAGUGAAGUGGUAGCUAGCUGUUUGUUUAUUGAGAGCUUUAGUUUUGAAUUCAUAGCAAGUUGAAUAAGGGCGUACCUCUGCCUGACGUUAAGCCUCAGCCUCUCAGUCUUGUAUCUGCUCUUUGUGAAGGUGGACCAAACACUGGAGAGUCUAGUUGUGAUGUUAAAGGUCAGUAAAGGAGUUGUACAGACAUGAAGAUUGCGUUGUAUGCUACUUCUGUGCAUCCAGAAACAAAGGCUUUCAUGUCUGGUUUGAAAUGCCAGCUCUGUUCAUUCUUUCUGUCCGAUUGGUUAGGGCUGUAUGUCCUCCCCACUUCCUCUGGGACUGUACUGAUGCCUUUCCCUGCUGUGUGGUUGUUUCUGUUUUUCUUGUUGGUUUCAGUUCAGUGCACAUAGCUGAGCUCCAGGGAGGGCAGUAACCCUGACAGGAGAACGGUGUGUCCAUCCUCUCUUGCCCCUGACUUGAAAAGCAAUUUUGCUUUUUAAAGUAUUGUUGCCUCUGGUAUUUUGGUAACUAAACUUUCUAAGGCAAGACUGUUGCUUUGAAAGCUUGACUUGUCCUUUUAAAAUUAAUGUUUGGCUGGUGUUAAUGAAGGGGAAUUGCAGAAUUGAUUUGUCUUGCGAGAUACAAGUGUGUGACUCCUGGCUGCUUGCAUUGAGCCGCUGCCAUGGAUAUGUAUGUUUAUGCAGUAUUUCAAAUGCUUUCAAUUGAAUGAAUGAUUUCCUCCUGAACUUCAUUUCAUGGCCCAAAGAAUUUUUAAUGUUGAAAAGCUGUGAAUAAGGAAGAAAUCUCAUGCUCAGACUAUAAAAUGAAUUCCAAAGUAACUGAUAGUAACAUGAGAGAAUUAUGUCAACAUGUUGCUUUGUAUAAAAAACUUAUUUAUAAAUGUGAAGCUUUUUGAUAUUAUAAAAUUUUGUUAAAAAAUUAGAAGAGGCUUAAUUUUUUUUUUUUCUCUGCCCGAGGGAAGAAAGGAGAAGUGAGCUGUUGUGAGUCCCUUUGUAGUCUUCUUUGUGCUUUAUGGGUGCUUAAGUCCUACAGAAAUCUAAGCAUCAGUAUACAUAACAGGGUCAUUCAGACCAGCAUUGGCUCGUGUGACAGCUCUGUGGCUGGCUGUUUUGGCCCUUUAACCAUCAGCAGUGGGCUUCUUGGAAAUGCCAAGGAGAGUUCUUAGCCUGUAGAAAGUUAGCUGAGUUUCCAGUGUGAAAACCGUUGCCAGUGAGCCUGGUGAAGUCUGACCAGGACAUUCAUGCUCUCAAAGUGACAUGCAGUAUUCAAAAUAUCUAGUGCAAUGCCUUCCCUCCCCCCCCCCCCUUUUGGUUGUUUUUGUAAUAGGUGCAGUGUAUUAUAGGAAAAAAAUGAAAAUUAUAAUUAUGAGCAGUUUUGUUAAUGCUGCGUUGUCAGUUUUAUAAAGGAAGAUGUACAUAAUGUCUUUCAACAGGUUUUAAACCAGAAGAAAUAACAUUGUAAAUCACAGUAGCCUCCUAAUUUAAUAUGAAAAACUCAAUAUUAAAAGUACUUAAUGUAUUGAAAUGUAUAUAUUUCUCUAACCUUGUUUCCAACUGUUUUAUAUGAUUGACAUAUUAUUUAAAGAUAACCCUAGCCUUUUAGAGACUUGUACUGUAAAUAAAGAGGACCUACAAUAAACUGGAAUUUACAUA